AUGCGUGAUUGCUGUAAAAAUGGAAUUACAGCCAUAGAUACACCUCAUCCCAGGAAUUCUGCUCUCGAUCAUCUCCUCAAGAAACUAUUACAGAAAUAUCACAAGGAAGUGAGGCGAGUUCACGACUGGACGCAGGUCACCACUGUGUACCUGGACACAUUUGUCGGCGCUGUAUUGGAUGUGGAUGCACAGAAUCAAAAAUUAAAGCGAAGUGUAUGGUACCAUGAGGUUUGGGAUGAUGAAUUUUUAUCCUGUAACUCCAGCAUGUUUGAUGACAUUCGAGAGAUCUCCCUACCUCUGAGUGCCAUCUGGGCCCCUGAUAUCAUCAUUAAUGAAUUUGUGGACAAUGAAAGGUCACCCAACCUUCCCUAUGUUUAUGUGAACUCAUCUAGGACAAUUAAGAACUCUAAGCCCAUCCAGGUGGUCUCUGCACGCAGUUUAGGGACAUACGCUUUUCUGUUUGAUAGCCAGAAUUGCAGCCUAACCUUCAAUAGCAUUCUGCACACAGUGGAUGAUAUGGACCUGGCCUUCCUCAGGAGCAGAGAAAACAUUAAGCAUGACAAAAAGGCAUUUUUGAAUGACAGUGAGUGGGAACUUCUUCCUGUGCCCUCAACAUAUAGCAUCCUGCAGAGCGGUGCUGGAGAUUUUGCACAGCUUCAGUUUAAUGUGGUGAUUCUCAGGUGCUCACUGGUCUAUGUCGUGAGGCUGCCGAUUCCCAGCAUCUUCCUCAUGCUUGUGGACCUGGGGAGCUUCUAGCUGCCACCCACCUGCUGUGCCAGGACUGUGUUCAACACCAGCGUGCUGGUGGGCUACACCGUCUUCAGGGUCAACAUGUCUGCUGAGAUGCCCAGGAGCACAGUGAGCACCCCUCUGGCUGGGGUCUUCUUCACAGUCUGUAUGGACUUCUUGGUUCUCAGCUUAUCUAAGUGCAUCCUGUUGGUCAAAUUCCUCCACAGUGAGCAGCACAGUGGGCAGGAGCAACCCCUCUUGUGCCUUCGAGGGGACACCAAUGCUGACGGGCCGAGAAUGGAUCCCAGGGCCCCAGCUUGCUGUAGUAACAGCACCGGUUCCCACUGA